CUAUAGAAUUCAGUCUUUCAGGAUAAAGUUGGAAUAACAGGCUUAGAGCUGGGAUUCUUUCCGAAGGAUAAAGUGAAUGGAAGGAGCUUUUAAUUGAAAUGAGUUGUUUAUAGCAAUGUGUUCUAGCCCCUUCACCAGGAGAUUAAAGAAAGACGAUAAUCUUGGGUUAACGAGGACCAUCUUCUUCUUAGCCAGUCUGAAAGGACGCCAUUGCGACUGUUAUCAUGCUGCUUGUGUACACCUUACUGCUCAUCUCUGUUCUCGCUAUACAGCAAGGUAAGUUAGUACUUUUGAAAACAAAUGGGUUUCUGGCAAUAGUAGUGACUUGAGGUAUAAAAUUUGAAUUGCUGAGUUGCAAAAAUAAUGUAUUACGAGAGGUUUUUUUUGUUAGUUUUUUUGCAACAAUUGCAGUUUACCCUACAUUUUUUAAAUUUUCAGAUCACAACACCCCCUCUGGUUCAUUUAUCCCUUAAAGGAUUUUGACUUGCAUUUUUAUUUUUUUAUUUUUAUGUGAAUUUAGGUGUGACAGUUGUUUAUGAAUUUUGUUCACAAAUGAUGCAAAUGAGUAGCCGUAAUAACAGUAUAAACUAAAUAAAGAAAUACGAUAAAAUAUGGGGAAAGUAGAAAUACGGCUCUAUGAUAGGAAUGGAGAAGUGGUGACAAAUUAAGUAAAGAUUGAGUUAAGGAUCUCAAUCUUGUCCUGAAAUUCUAUGAUGUAAUUUAAUUUAUUUCCUGUGCAAUAGCUUUUAACCAUCACUAUACUGGAAUAAUAACAAUCACUUUAUUUGUCAUGAAGACAAUAGUUAUUGUGUUUUAGCUUUUUAACAUUAAAUAUGAAUACCAAAGGGGGGUCAAUUAAUGUCCUAUUCAAGGGUUAAACCAUAAGGAAAUUAUGUUUUAUAUGUAUAACCUUUUAACUAGUCAUGGACGAAAACCUACAAACUUAUUUUGAUCUGUAAAAAAAAAAAAGAUUCUGGGCAAAUUCAGAAAGCUUGCAGACAACGUCUCGCUUGAUCACAUAAGCAGCUUUUUCCUUUAGUUUAACAAAUACAGCACUGUGGCCAUAUGUUAACCUUUCCUGAGUGGUUUAUUAGCUGACAAGCUACUUUUAGUGAAUGCAAUUAGCUUUAUUGCUUUUUUUUAUUUGGGGGAAAAAUCACAGUGGUAACGUAUAAUGCUGUUCAGCUGUGAGUAAAACCAACAGAACAUUAUGGACAAACAAAAUUUAUUUAAAAUGCAGGGGCAAAAGGGUUAUGUUCAUGAGAUAUUACAAUGUAAAGAAAAUAUAGGUGGGGGUGGAUGCAGGAUUUUAUUUUCAAUGCAGAAUAAAAAUCAUUCACAUCAAAUGUGUAAUUCUGUUAAUCAACAGGCUGGUUACAAUAUGUUCCAGUGUACAGGUAGUCUUAAUCUUAUAGCAAGGAACAUUUGGCUAAUUCUCUUCGUCGUGGAAGACUUGGUGGGGAUAAAGAAUAAAUAUUAAUAUGGGUGAUGGAUUUCAAACAGAUAAUGGAGCGGAGAGGUGAAAGGAGAGGAGAUUUGUAUAAAGAGGAGAGAAGCAGAUCUGUUAUGGGGAACACAAAUGGCUAGAUUAUGGAAGAACAGAGUGGGGCAGUCACAAAAGAGGAAAAAAGGAAAGGGGGUGAAAUGGAGUGAAUGAAACUGGGUCUUUGCACAUUUAGAUCUGUUAUUUGAUAUCUGUAGAACACAGUUCUACUCAAGUCUUCAACAGAUCAAGGGAAUAAUCAGGAUGCACAGAUUUCAAGAUUCAAAUACCAAGCAGUGACUGUUUUAGGAAGGAACAAAUAUUACAUAACUUGUCAAACUGAUAACAAGGUGAGCUGUGAUUGAGUUGACAUUCAUCUUGCAAGAUUUAGAACAAAUAUCCAGUUUGAAGAAUCAUUUUGUACGGUCAUUUUUUAAUUCCAUUGAUGACUCAAAUAUUAAUAGAUUGAAUAUUGAAUAUUACAGUAUAUAUUUUAUAAACAUUUUACAUCAACCUCGACUUCCUUGGAAACCGAUACAAACUGGCAGUCACAUUUCACAACCAAAUUGUAAAAUGUAGGCUAUAACAGAAGAGAUGGCAGUUUUCUCAAAUUCAGUUUUUGUCCUUUUGCUUUUUAGUCCAAAUUUUGAUAUUUAAAAAAAAAAUGUAUCCCACAAUAAUUAAACUUAAGUACAGAAUAAAACCAUUUAUAUAUAUCUUUCAAACUUCCUUUUAAGUAUUUUUCACUAACUCCAUGUCAUAUAGAUACUAAUUUAUGAACAAGCAUAUUGAUAUAUCAAUGGAAAUGUUAUAGUGGUAUUAGAAAUGUGAGCCUUCUUUAUAUAGUAAUAGUGCGUUAAAUUUAUGUAUGUGCAAGUGCAGUAGCAAUGUAGUUUAUUCACCAAACACUGAACUGUAAUAAAUUGAAAUUUGAUUAAAAAAACAGUGACUAUAAGUUAGCUAUUUUUUCCAAAUGGGCCCUACUUUGCUGUUUUUUUGUAUUUGGAUUCCAAUUCAGUACAGUUCUGUGUCUAGUCAUGAAUAAGCCCCAUAUCAGUUUUAGUAUGUAAAUGUAAUUAUUGGAUGUGAAAUUGUUACUUGGACAACUUAUUAAAGUUUGACACUAGGGGGCGCACAUUUUAUAUGCAAUAUGCUGUUUUGCCUAAUCAUAGUAAAUGGAAUGUUGAAACAGCCACUAAUGGUUGGAGUUUAUUCAAUCUAUUUAACACCAUUUUAAUCAAGGCCCUGAAUUAAGGAAACAAGGAGAAAAAAGUGGUUAGAAUGUUACUUCUAGUGUCCCUUUACACUUAUUGCUGCUUCUAUUGCAGAAAAGUAGACCUCCUUUCAUGGGAAACUACCCCUGAUUAUUGCAGAGUUUCUAAUUAUUGGUGUAUUGCUAGUGAUAGUUUUUCAAAUAAAACCAGGCCAGUUCAUUUGGCUUAAAACCAAAGAGGAGAAUGGGUGUCCGCCUUGAACAUCUUGUGGGUUUUCCUCCAAGGAGAGUCAUUCGCAGUUUAUUUGUUUCCUGCCUUUUACAUUUUACAGAUUUCAAUUAAUUAAAGUAUUAUCCCCCACAGAUUGAAACGUUCCCAGGCCAUCUUGCUCCGCACUCUAUAUACGUGCUAUACGUGUUAGAUUUUAGGUUCAAAACAAGACCUAUCCUUUUCUUUUGCAGUACCGUGUUUCCCUGGAAAAUAAGACCGGGAUGUCUUAUUUCGGAGAAAACUUGUGCUAGAAAGCAGGUCUAUGUCUGGGGGAAUUCCCCCAAACAUAGACCAAUUCACUAGGGCUUGGAAUCCUGCAAAUUUAUGUUCAGGGAAACUUUCCCAAGCAUAGAUUAGCUUACUUGCUAACAGAAUACUGCAAAUCUAUGUUUGGGGAAACUUCCACGAACAUAGAUUAGUUCACUCACGAAUGGAAUCUUGCGUAUCUAUGUUUGUGGAAUUUUCCCCAAACUUAGAUAAGUUUACUCGUGAAUGGAAUUCCACGAAUCUAUGUUCGGGGAAAAUAGAUUAGCGAACAACUAGGGCUUAUUUUCAGGGUAGGGCUUAUAUUAGGGGCAUUUCCUGAAACUAAGCUAGGGCUUAUUUUCAGGAAACACGGUAGUUGAUAUAAUUACAUAUUGGAUUGUAUGAGAACCUAUCAAUUUACCCCUUGUAUAGUGCUAAGAAAAUGAAUUUACCCCUUGUAUAGUGCUAAGAAAAUGAAAGUGAUAAUGGGUUUAGCCAAACCCUGUGCAAUGUUCCAGAUUUCAAUAGAAAAUGUGAUUCAUUAUAUUAAAAUAUAGGUAUUACAGUGUGUCGUUGUCCCCCAACUCUAUACCUAGAUUUCUCAUUCUAAAUAGUACCGAUUCCACCUAAUAAAGUAAAGAAAAUGCUAAGGUUACCCGCACAGGUUACUUUGGUAGUGACCAUCUUUGAAGUCCAUCACUAUUUUCAAACCCUCAGUCACAGCUAACAGGUUGACCCAACCUUAUGCUGGGUGCCACUUCCUGCCCCUUACCUUCUGGUUCGGAGAACUCUCUUGACCUAUGCAUUGAAGUAUCAGCUCAUUGGCUGAGAACGUCAGCUCAUCACUCAUUGUGCCACUUGUAAGAAGUCAAACAGUUUUGACUUAAUAUUGAAUAAAUAUUACAAUUUGCACUUGUAGCUCAUAUUUUGUACUCGUUUAUUUCCCUUUGCCAGGUGGAGGAUUACAGUGUUUCUCAUGUGUGGGUGCUAAUGACCAUGACUGCAAUCGCCAUGGUUCCAUACAAUGCCCGCGAGACUCUGAUGCAUGUGCAGUUGUCCGUGGACAGUCUAGUGAGUAUGUCUUAGCUGGGGUGGAAAUCAAACCCGGAUCCGCUUGCUUUAUUUGAAUUAUAGGUGGUGGCACUGGUAGAGGUAUACUGUGUGUGUGUGUGUAUAUAUAUCAUUUAAAUAGUUUUUGUUUAUUUUUCUGUGUGGAGUGUUCGAGUGUACACACUGAUCUGAGAUCAGCUCAUACCAUAAUUAAAACCAAACCAUCACUAGUGAUGUGUAUGCCAAGUGACAUGGAACACAGGCCCUGUAAAUAUCUAGAUAUAUUGGCCUAAUAAGGCUUUCUUAAGAAAUACCUAAAAUGCAUUGAUUUUUUUUUUUUUUACUACCCCCUGAGCAUCUACCUAAUAUUAAACUUUUUCUAUCUACCAACUCUUAUUGUCCAAUACCCACACUCUACCCCACACACUAUCUGAAUACCGAUACAUUUAUUGUCAUUGCGUAUAAUAUGUACGUUCUUUCAAAACAAAAACAUGUAAACCAUCACUUUGUUAAAUUUAAUUUAUUUAUUUUCUGAUGUUCUUUUUCCAUGCAGCCGGAGUGAUGAAGUCCUGCUCUUUUAAGUCGUUCUGUGACCGAGCUUUGCAGGAUGCGUCAAAAACCCCCGGAGUCAAUGUUAAUUGCUGCUUCUCUAACAACUGUAAUAGUGGCAGUCAGGGAUCCAGCAGCCAGCCCAAUGCCAGCUAUGCCCGUCUUCUUGCAUCCCUUGCCAUAGGUUUCUGUCUCCUGAUCAUCAGCUAAUGCUCCUGCUGAGGUAGAACUUCCAUAACAUGUUACAUAUCAGUUGCGGAUUUGUAUAUUGAACAGCUGACACAGCCAUGUACACUCUGGGACUAUUGGUAGCUCCAUACUCCAGAACAUCAACGUACCCCAAAAAGUGUGUUUUCAAUGACCAAAGGUUCCAACUACCCAUGUUAAGUGCUAACUGCAGAAUAUGCAUAAAAUAUACCCUAUAAAACUGUAUGUGUAACAAAACACAACAAAUGCUGUUUGUAUUAAAAUAGUGAGCUCUAUUUCUUGGCCGUUAUUAAAUUACCAUGGAGCGCAAGAUAAAUCAUAUCCGGAUAUUAACAAAUCAUUCCUAACAGAAACAAUAGCCAUGUACAUUUCUAGUUUACGUCCAUAUACAGUAUCAGCAAGUACACCAAUUAUUUCACUAAUGAAUUGAGGCGAAGAUUUCACAAUAUUAAAAAAAUAUUUUAAAAGUUAAUGUAAUAAAAUUGUGUUCAAACUUUAAAUAUGAUGUCUGACAUACAUGAAAAAUACUAAAGAAAAAAAAAAUCCUCCAAACAUGUCAACUGAAGUACACUGUGUAUUUAUGAACUUUAUAGACAGAGAGGAACACCUUUAUUAUAGGAGUAAUUCUUUGAAUGGAGGGAUAGAUGAGUUUGGAUAGUAAAAAUGGAUAAUUUCUCCCCAGUAUUUGGGAGUACGCAGAAGGUUUAUAAACUUCCUCUUGGAGUCAACAGACCACAGAAUUUGCCUGGUCUUUGGGGAAAACCAUAUGUGCAUUGGGAGAUUUUUCUCAAAGUAUUGUCUCUGAAAACUGGAUAGUAUACAUCAGUAGAAUUCUAUCUGCUUCCCAGGACCCUGAC